CAAUUAUUGGAGAUGAUGAGGGGCGGAAGUUGAGUUGGGAUUUUGAAUAUUCUCUGUUAAAAUAGACAUCUGACAAACGGAAAUAUCGGGCAACGAAUAAAAGAUGUCGGAAACAGAGUCGGUUGUGGAACGCACCACCACUGAAAUUUCUGAUGUAUUGUCGACCAGAAUGUCCGGAGAGACUAUCGAGUCAACCUUAGAGGCCAAAAGUACCGAUUCAAUACCCACUGUUGAUACCACUCCUGUCGCAGUUGUGUCGACCAUCACGACCAAACCCAGCCUUAGUACCACAGCUCCGGUUAGACGUCCGACCUCUUGGAGACCACCGGUUACCGUCCAAGAGACACAAACUUCGAGGAAAUGGACCACUGCUGGUUUUGGACCGAAACGAACCAUGCACAGCGUAGCGGAUGUGGAUACCAAUUACCGCGUGCAACCCCCGUUUCAGCCGAUUGAUGCCACACAAACAAAAAGUGGUCAGGAGACGUUGCGCCGACAGCAAAUGGCUCUAGAAGCGAAAGGAGCGGGAAAAUACGGAAAAUUGCCCUACGGAGCUGUGGUCAGUCUGAGCAUAUUGGGUGUGACAUUUGGUUUGUUAUUCCUACUCUGGUUUUGCAAACGAUGCGUUUUUCGAAAACGCCGUUCGAAGAAGGAUUCAAAGAAAAUGUCGAUGGCCGGUGGAAAAAUUGGCGCUGACUUGAAGGCUGCAGCAUUUUUGGCUGAAUCGAAAAAUAAGGAUCUGGCCUCUCUGAAGAAUAACAUGGAACAAAACGAAGCAGAACAGUCCGAGGAAAAAGAGAAGGUCUACGCCGGGAAGCUCCAUUUCUCUCUAGAUUAUGACUUUCAGAAAGGCGAGGGGGGGGGUCGCUAUUGGGAGUUGAUUCAGAGGAACAACCGAAACAGAGAACUGGCCUCUCACGAGGGGAACAAAGACUCCAAACUACUUCCUGUUGGAGGCCACUUUAGUCGGCCCCCGAAAUGUUCUUUCCAGGAGGGUCAAUCAAUCGUGGAAUAUUAUGAGCAGCGCUCACUUGCGAGUCUUCCACCUAGGCACGGGGAGAUGUAUUACCAAGAACUAACCGUCGGCGUCAUCGAAGCAGUGGACUUGCCAGCUAUGGAUAUGUGCGGAACCUCCGACCCGUACGUGAAAUUAUACCUACUGCCAGAUAAAAAGCGCAAAUUUGAGACCAAAGUUCAUCGGAAGAUACUCAAUCCUGUGUUCAAUGAAACUUUUGUUUUCAAGGUUCCCUAUGCGGAAGUCGCCGGCAAGACACUGGUCAUGAUGGUUUACGAUUUUGAUCGUUUUUCCAAACAUGAUCAAAUUGGUCAGAUCAAAGUCCCACUCGGAUCGAUCGACUUGUGCAAUGUGCUGGAAGAGUGGCGUGACUUAAGUCCACCGGAAUCGGAAGGAGAUAAAGAGAACCGUCUAGGCGACAUCUGUUUCUCCCUGCGCUAUGUACCAACGUCAGGUCGCCUGAAUGUGAACAUCCUGGAGGCAAAGAACUUGAAAAAGAUGGAUGUUGGUGGUCUUUCUGAUCCAUAUGUAAAAAUCUCUCUGAUGAUCGGUGCAAAACGGGUGAAGAAGAAGAAAACCACGAUAAAGAAGUACACGUUGAAUCCGUACUACAAUGAAUCCUUUGCAUUCGACGUGCCCUUUGACCUCAUCCAGAAAGUACACCUCAUUAUCACCGUGGUCGAUUAUGAUCGUAUAGGAACCUCUGAACCAAUAGGACGAGUGGUACUUGGGUGCAAUGCCACCGGUGCAGCACUGCGCCACUGGUCGGAUAUGUUGAGCAACCCGCGGCGCCCGAUUGCCCAGUGGCACACGUUGCAAGAAAUGCCAGAGAAAAGUUGAUCCACCAACAUGCUGUCGGUACAGGUUUCACGCAUUCACGUGUUAUUAUGAAACUGCUAUCACUGCUCUCCACUCCUAAUUAACCUUCUCCUAAUGUGAUCGGAAUUUCGCUUUUGUCCAAACUAUUAUCAUGCCCUGCUUUAUCAUGACAGAUUUUGAUUUAAAACUCCUUCGUCUCGCCCGGUCACCCCUUUUUUGUGUAUGUGUGUGUAUGCAUUACCAAACUGCACAAACAUUAACUAUUCAAACUUUUGUUCGUCCGCUCCUCCUCCCUCAACAUGAGUGGAUUUGUGAAGCUUUCGAUGUUAUUAUGCUCUCACUUCAUAUCCACUGCUCUGCAUCCUUUG